AUGAUGUUCCAGCUGAAACUUGGCUUCGCUGGCUCCGAAGGUUGCCUCUCCCUCCUGGUGACAGUGCAGGACGUUGAGCGUUACACCACCUUAUUUGCCACCGUCGUCCUCAAAUGUGACUAUAGCACCUCAGCACAGCUGCAGGAUGUGGUGGUGACUUGGCGCUUCAAAUCCUUCUGCAAGGACCCCAUCUUUGACUACUACUCAGCCUCGUACCAGGCUGGGUUAGCUCUUGGCCAGGACCCGUCUGACGACUGCAACGACAGCCAGCGCAAGGUGCGCAUUGUCAUCCAGAAAUAUGGGCAGAAGGAGCCUGUGCUGGGUAUCGACUACCAGCAACGGAAGAUCACCAUUCAGAACCGAGCAGACCUUGUCAUCAGUGAGGUCAUGUGGUGGGACCAUGGCGUGUACUACUGCGCUGUGGAAGCACCAGGAGAUACCUCGGGUGAUGCGGACAAAGAAGUUAAGCUGAUUGUUCUCCACUGGCUCACAGUACUCCUCAUCGUUCUUGGUGGCCUCCUCCUCCUCCUGCUGAUUGGAGUAUGCUGGUGCCAGUGCUGCCCCCAGUACUGCUGCUGCCACAUCCCGUGUGUCUGCUGCCCAACCCGGUGCUGCUGCAACGAGGAAGUACUGGAACGGCAUCGGUUCAUGAAGCAGGCUCAGGCACUUGCACCUUGGCUGUCACGCAACAUGCUCCAUGGGGGUGGCGACAGGAACUCGCAACUUUCCUCUUACCAGCUGAACCCUCUAUUGCAACAAG